GGCAGAGCCAAGCGCAUGCGCCUUUUUGCUUCAAUCUUAACAGCAAUGGCGUCCUCCUUUGCAGUGUGCAGGUUACAUAUGAGAGGAAGGGUUGGCCUGUUGAAGUCCUUACAGAAACCUGACACAUUUCUUCAACGAAGUAUUGGGACAGACAUCGUUGCUGCUCAAGCUGAGGCUCCUCCGAGAGACGGAAGCGAUGAAAAGGAUGGAUACAAGUUUUUACACGCUCUGCAGGUGGAGAGACAAGAGCAGGCAGAAAGAUCUGUUCUUAUCAACUGCCAUUCCAGAACCAAUGAGAAGAAGUUCCUCAAGUAUUUAUCAAAGCACGGAGACAUUAAGAAAUACUUCUUUUAUGAAAGCUAUGGCCUGUACGCUGUUGUGGAGUUUGCCAAGCGGGAAGAUGUUGCCUCUUUACUUGAAAGAGCUGUCAUCCCCAAUGUCAACCAUGAGUCCAUGGUGCCUUUUAAAUCAAGACUGCUAUCCCUCAGAAACCUCAGUUUGGUGGACUUAUCAAACCAGCAGUCAGGCCUGCAGUGCCACCCUCAAACCACUAUUCCUAUCAAUGAGUUCAUAAAGAGGCUGUCCAAAGAGGAGAGUAUAGACCAGCAGAUGACGUCCCUGACAGAAGCCUAUCAGCUUACAGAGGAGAACAGCCGACUGCGUUUCCUCGUCUGCUCCCUGUUGAAGGACAUCGCUGCUGCUUAUUUCCCAGAAUGCACCAUCAAACCAUUUGGCUCAUCAGUGAAUGGCUUUGGAAAGCUUGGCUGUGACCUGGACAUGUUUCUGGAUCUGGACGGCAUCAGUGGGCGGAAUGUAAAGAUGCCAAAAUCAGGCCUGUCCCUGGAGUACCAGAUGAAGCGAGCCAACUCGGAGCGGGCAGUCACCCAAAGCAUCCUGUCCGUCAUCGGGGAGUGUGUGGACCAGUUUGGACCUGGGUGCGUGGGAGUACAGAAGAUUCUGAAUGCGCGAUGCCCUCUGGUCCGUUUUGCCCACCAGCCCUCUGGUUUUCAAUGUGACCUGACAGCCAACAACAGGGUGGCGAUGAAGAGCACAGAGUUGCUGUACCUGUAUGGAGAGCUGGACCCACGGGUGCGCAGCCUGGUGUUCACGGUGCGCUGUUGGGCCCGAGCUCAUGGCGUCACUAGCAGUAUCCCAGGGGCCUGGAUCAGCAACUUCUCCCUCACCGUCAUGGUGCUGUUCUUCCUCCAGAAGAGGAGCAUUCCCAUAAUCCCCACCCUGGAUCAUCUCCGGGACUUGGCAGGUCCUGCAGACAAGAGCGUGAUUGAAGGAAACGACUGCACGUUUGUCAGCGAUUUCAGCAAAAUCCAGCUCAAGAGCAACACAGAGACACUAGAGCAACUACUGUGCGAGUUCUUUGAGUUCUAUGCCACUUUUCCCUUCAGCAGGAUGUCCCUAAAUAUCAGAAAGGGCAAAGAGCAGAACAAGCCAGAGGUGGCCCCGCUGCACAUCCAGAACCCGUUCGAAACCUCUCUGAACGUCAGCAAGAACGUCAACGCCACUCAGUUAGACCGCUUUGUGGCUUUGUGUCAAGAGAGCUCCUGGCUGCUUCAGCAGGGGGAAACCAACAUACCCAGAGGUGGAGCCAGCAUGACCGCUGCUUGGGGACUCGCUACCCUUCUCCUACCCUCACAGGUUGCAGGGAUCAAAAGUCGCAAGAAGAGGAAACUGGAGCCAGCCAGUGAGAGGAUCAAGGGUUUGCUAGAAUCCUUAAAGAAUAAAAAUCAACCAAAGACAAGCUAAGGCCUCUAAGACAUCUCAGAAACAGUCUACAUUCUCUUAUCACUAAUUUAAACUGUAAAUUGGUGGCAGCCUCUUGGUGGAACUGUCCAGUGCCUCACCUAAAAGGUGAGAGCAGAGCAGAAGCAGCAGAUGCAGAGACUGGCUUGUAGUUCUCAACAUGGACACUGGAGGGUAUUAAUGGGACCUGUUUGUGCAUGUUUGGGACCUAAAAUAAGGGAGUGAUUACUGUGUACUUUGCUGUAGACUGUAACCCACUUUGUUGUAAUUAAAGGAGUACUGUGGAAAUAAGUCCUGCCAGAUGUUUUUUUAGGAGUUAGGACUUUAUUUUCUUAGGUUAAUUUGAUUCUAAAUCUGUGUUAUUAGAUGUUAUCAGCACAGUAGACACAUCAUUAUGGACAUAUUUUUGUCAAAUUAAUGAUACAGCAGGGGUGGAAUAAUCAAGAUUUUUACUGAAAAAUGUAUACACUUAUUAUGACCAGAGAUCUACAAUAGGCAGCUAAAGGGUCGCAGAAUACAAAUUAACAAUAUUAGCAUAGUGUACAAAGAAAUUCUACAUUUUCUUAUUCUCCAUGUGUUCUUAUAUUAAAAUCAGAAUUUGAAAAAAACUUUCCUAAACAAGAUUUUUGUUCAUGAUCAUGAGAUAAAGGGGUCUCUGUCAGUGGUGUAGUUAGUUGGUGUGUAAAUUCAUAUUAGAAGAAUGAGUGGCCUUUUGGCUAAACUCUCAUCAGCAUUUAAAAGCAUAAUUAUGAAGAGCAUAGUCAGUUUAACUUUUGUGCUUAUUGCUUCAAAAUCAUACACAUCAAAAUAGAAUUGAGUGUUAAUGGUAAUAGAAUUGAUUGAGCUCAUUUUAAUGGUUUACAGCUUGUAACUGCCUUCACUUGCUAAUGAACUGCUGCUAAUGUGUAAGACGGUAACAGUAGAUGAUUUGAACUGUUCAUUGGGUUUGACUACAAAGUUAGAAUUAGAGCUAAUCACCAAGGUAUUGUAGCUGUAGCUAAUCCAUUUAACUGGCAAGCUAAUGCUAAAAGGCUUCAAUACAACAUAGCCACUAACACACACUGAUGCUGUAAAACAUGUACCAUUUUUAAGUGCAUGCCUUUUGUCUUCAUCCAGGACCACAAUGAAGUAAGCCUUUAUUGUGUUAUCUUACCUUUUUGAUCAUUACAUGGCUUUUCUCACAAUGUAAAAUAAGCUUAAAACUAGCAAUUAUUUUAAUGUACGCUAGCCAAACAGUCAGCUUGUGUUAAUGAAUAUUUUAGUGAAGACCAAAAAUCUGAAAAUUAAAAUGAUAUAAAACAAGA